GCCGUGGUGUCCCGACACGGCGCACGGCCCGAGGCACAUCACCGGCGAUCCGGCACGUGAUGCCUUCCGCCAGGCAGCGGCGGGGGAGUCGGCGGAGCGCCGAAGGCUCGUGCUCUCCGCCGCGGCGAUGACGCCCGCGGUACCGCCGCCUCCGUUAAGUGCCCCAUCACCGCCGUGACUCUUGCGAGGAGGGAAAUUCAAAAAGACGCCCCGUUAUCCAGCGGAGACGAUCGCGGAGGGCCGUCGUGCCGCGACCGCCGAUCGUCGGGUUCACGAUGCGCAACGUCAGCAGCUGUUGCUGCAGCGGCGGCAACAGCAGCUACUACUCGAACCACGACAAGUGCGGCAGCGGUGCCGCGACGAGUCGUCGUCAGCUGCUGACGGCCGCGUGAGAUGCCGUCACCGGUUCCCAUGCUGGUCGCCUGCAUGGUGUGCGGCGCGCUCCUUAGUCGCGCGACAGCCACCGUUCCCACCGAUCAGCGAGACCCGAAGCAGAUAGUCUUGCUGCCUCACCAAGACCGGUGCCGCACCAUCAACGCCAGCACGCUGCGGUUCGCCACGGAGACGCUGGUCUCCAACCACACGCAGCUGGCGGCGUACCUCGCCGAGUCCAACCUGACGCUGACGGUGCGCAACGCGACCGACGUCUGCGGCACUGGCGGCCUGCUACCCCUCAUCGAAGCGAUGGAGGACCCGAGAGUCGCGGGAGUCGUCGGUGGCUUGGACGAAGAAGUGUGCGCAGCGGGCGAACUGCUGGCGCAGGUGCACCGGAAGCCACUCGUCGUCUGGAACUGCCACGGUCACACCGGCGGUGGUAAUGCGCUGGCCGACAAGACGUCGUCCGUGUUUUUCGGCCGCGUGUCACCCAAUGUGGCUUUGGCUGCCUUCGCCGUGGCCUCGUGCCUCAACGACCUCCGUGUCAAGUACGCGGUGUUGGUGGUGUGCGAACAGCAGCCGUGGCUCGCUCUGGCCAACGAGCUGGAGGCCAAGCUGCGGCCGUCCGGUCUUGUUGUGCGCCGUGUCAUCACGAUUUCACCCAAUGCCAAACUGGAAGAAGUGGACGCCGCUCUGAGAGUGAUCAAGGCGCCCGUUAAAGCCGUGUUGCUGUCCAUGGACCCGUGGGGCGUACUGCUGAGCCGCUCGCUGAAGGCGCUGCACGCGCAAGGAGUAGGCCGCAGUGCGGGCUACUCGCCGGCGCUCUUCCUGGUGAGCGCACCGAGAGCCCUGCACCCGCGUGCACUGCUGUCGCCCGCCCUGCUCGCACUGGACGCCGCGGCACCGGAGCUGCUGCGCGCCCUGUUCGUGGUGACGUUUGUGUCGACCGACACGUCGUACGCCAAGCUGUGGAAGGACCGCGGCAAGCAGCAGCUCUACCGGCAAUUGGCGGCGCGCACUUCGGCGAGUGAAGUCUACGCGGCAUUUCGUUACUUCAACGCCGUCUCGCUUCUCGUCACUGCCCUCUGGCGGUCGUCCAAGCUGAAACCAUCAAACGGAGCUGCAUUGGUGCCUGCUAGCUCCUUCUUCAUCAACGGCACUUUCCCUAGCUUGCCGACCUCGACCAGUUGGGCUGACGCUCGGGGACAUGUCCAGAGUAAAGCCGUGCUUUUGGACUACAGUCCUGGAGCUCGGGGAUUCGUGUCCGUGCGCGAGACGGAGUUCCGCGAUGCUGCACAGCCGCUGCGAGGAGGAGCCUACCAGGUCUCAGAUCGCGGCUCUUCGCGGUCCUGGAUAGGACGCGUCGACUGGCCGGGAGACCGCAGGCUUGAGCCGGACCCCGAGUGUGUCCUCAAGGAGGUCAACUGCGGAGGAUCCUGGUCUAACGCAAACUGGCUGUCAAACAAAUGCGCCGACGAAUCCUGCUCUCGCAACAAGACAUCAGUCUCUCACCUCCAACGAAGAAAGCUUUCGACGGCUACUACUUCGAGCGUCCCGACAUACUGAAGGGCUCCCACGAUUCCCUCAGGCAGGCGCACACCAACAGCAGCCUUCAGAGUCUGCACGCCAGUCUUGACGACAGGCCUAAUUGCGCAAGGCUAAAGGCGAAGGGAGACACAGUUUACCUUAAGUAUCUCAUAGUCCAUAGCGCCUUCGAGAUCAAGACGAAAGCGAUGAAGCAACUUCAGAUCAUGUACGAGAUGCGCCACGAGAACAUCAAUUCCUUCCUGGGUUGCCUGGCGGACCCGUCGCAGCCGGCGCUCGUGUGGGAGAUGUGCACGAGAGGCUCGCUCACCGACGUCUUGGCCAGCGAAGACAUCCGCCUGGACUGGACAUUCCGCCUGUCGCUACUCAACGACCUUGUUAAGCUCCUGGAACACGAAUUGAGUGACCACACAUUCCGCGAAGACUCGAUGCGAGAGCCAACCUCCAACAGUUGGAUGUCAUCUUACCUUGCUACUGCGGGUGGUGAUCUCCUGAUAAGGGUGUCCUGA